GGGGGGGGGGUGAGCUGGUUGAUGACGCGGGGCCUCACGUGACCGGGAGCUGCAGAGCGUCGUAGCGUUCGGUGCAGUUGUCACUCCCUUCUGGGUACCAGCUCCCCGCUGUCCUGCGCACUGCGGCCUGGCGUCGGGCCCGUAAAAGCGGAGCAGGUCUGCUGGUCCAAGUGUGGCUGCAGCGCACUCGUGGUGGGAAUCAGGAAAAGGAGCAGACAGCAAGGAUAGGCCCAGGAAAACAAGGAGGAAAAAAUAUCAUCAUGGCAAAUAUGCACCACGAAAACGAAGAAAUGGAGCAGCGCAUGCAGAAUGGAGAGGAAGACCGCCCUUUGGAAAGAGGCGAAGGCCACCAGCCUGCAGGAAAUAAUAGACGGGGACAGGCUCGCCGACUAGCCCCUAACUUCCAAUGGGCCAUACCCAAUCGGCAGGUCAAUGAUGGCAUGGGUGGAGAUAUAGAUGAUAUGGAAAUGUUCAUGGAGGAGAUGAGAGAAAUCAGGAGAAAACUUAGGGAGCUGCAGUUAAGGAAUUGUCUGCGUAUCCUUAUGGGGGAGCUCUCUAAUCACCAUGACCAUCAUGAUGAAUUUUGCCUUAUGCCCUGAUUCCUGUCAUUUUCCAUGAGAUUAAUACUGUGAUUUCCACUGUUUUCUUUUUCCUUGCAUUUCCUGGUAUGCCUUUACUGAUCUAUUUGCUGUGAACCAUAUGUAAUUUCCAUGUGUCAAGUGGGUUCUGUGUUACCAACUUCUAGUUGGAGAUUGCCUUGGCACACAGUCUUAAGUUUCUGUCAACAGUAGUUUCACCCAUUUGCAUGGAAAAAUGUAAAGUUAAUAAAGCAAUGAAAAAGCAACCU